AUGUCUAAGCCUGAUUUCAUAUCUUGGACGCAAUCUCAUCUCGGCGCCUUCUAUGAAGCGCGUGAAGAUGAGGUAUUUGCCAACGCCUUCGAUGCUGCAUUCUCCCCCUCUUGUGAGGUCCGCGUUAACCAUGCACCUUCGACACUUGAUGCUUUGAGGGAAAGCGUCUCGUCCCGUAAAGUUGCCACCAGAGGAGUUGCACUCUCUUGGGAGAACCUGAUCUCCACAGGCGAUAGUCCGGACCAACCGUCGGUGGUUGCCGGAACUUUGAUUGUUACACGUAGCAUGAUGUUCCUCAUUCGCGCUGCUCCUGCUCACCGUCUGACUCACAUCAACUUCAGUGCAAGAGUGGAACUUCCAGAAGACUCCAAUGUUCAAGCGGAUGGCAAUGAUGACCGUCGCCGUAUCACCAGCCUCUAUCUUACCUCGGUGGAUAUAGUGCCGCCGAUUCACUUUGCGACACCCCAUCCGGUUAGCCAAGAAGAGCGGGAGUGA